CCUCGGUUCAGGGACGCCUUCGUCGAGUCGUGGCGCGCUACGGUAAUGACAAUCAUCUUCGCAUUGAGUUGGUCUUUAAUACGGUCGUCGAGAUUUGUUUAUGCAAAAGGCGUAUCGUCCACUGUCAGCCUAUAAUCGGUGUUAUUGAUUGAAGCUUCGCUACCAGGGUCGCGCCGAAUCGAACCCCACGUCUCUCGUCGCGUCUGCCCCACCAUGGAGAACCUCAAGCUCUCCUCUUGCUUGCUGGCACACUCUCUGCCAAUCGACAGUCACAAUCCUGGUUCAAUAUAACAAUGUCCCACAGCCACUCACAUGAAGGCGCGUCGCAUUCGCACGCUGCCGCAGAUCACGGUCAUACACAUGAGAUCCUCGAUGGACCAGGAAGCUACCUGGGGCGCGAGCUGCCCAUAAUUGAAGGAAGAGACUGGGAAGACCGAUCUUUCACCAUUGGAAUUGGAGGGCCCGUAGGCUCCGGAAAGACGGCGCUCAUGCUAGCCCUCUGCAAACACCUCCGAACGCGAUUCUCUAUAGCUGCAGUAACAAACGAUAUCUUCACCCGAGAAGACUGCGAGUUUCUGACCAAGAACAAUGCCUUGCCCGCUGAGCGUAUUGUCGCUGUCGAAACAGGAGGUUGCCCCCAUGCCGCUGUGCGCGAAGACAUCUCCGUCAACCUCAUGACCCUCACAAACCUACACCAGAAGUUCAACACCGACCUCCUCCUCAUCGAGUCCGGCGGCGACAACCUCGCUGCAAACUACUCGCGCGAACUUGCUGACUUCAUCAUAUAUGUCAUCGAUGUAUCGGGCGGUGACAAGAUUCCCAGGAAGGGUGGACCAGGCAUCACGCAAUCAGACCUGCUGGUUGUGAACAAGAUCGACCUCGCCGAGGCUGUCGGCGCCGACCUGGACGUCAUGGAUCGGGAUAGCAGAAGAAUGCGCGAGGGUGGCCCUACCAUCUUCGCUGUGGUCAAGAGGGACGAGGGUGUGGAUGCUAUUGUCGACUUGAUCCUGUCUGCAUGGAAGGCUUCAGGUGCAGGCCAGGCAAGGAAGGACAAGUUCGAGCCUACGCUGAUGGAAUAGAGUCAAGAGACGAUCCCAAGGAUCCGUUGAAUCUUGCACUUAGAUUUACUCAAUGCUAUCCAUAUAUGCCAGAGACCGGCGCACUGUUAUGCGGCGUCGUUAUGACCAUCCCUGCUCGUACAAAAGCAAAGGACAGUGCUGACUUGGAAGGUUACUCACUUCACCAUGUACGCAAGGCUGGGUUUUCAAGGAUUCUAUUUGGUUCCCUCACAUUAUCCUCUAUAGUCAAAUCUCGACCAUAUCAUACCACCCUCAGCAGUGGAAGAUGCUGUUGACAGCGCUCAGGAAAGACAGGAAACCCAUGCCAUAAGAUCAUGUCCGAAAGAACAGACUGUAUCAUUCAAUACCACCAGCUUGCCGCUCAGGUAAACUUAGGAUAUGAUUUGUCCUGCGUCCAGACUUCAGCACCUUUUUUGAACGCGAGAUCAUCUUUACUCUCAGAUUCAGCGUCAGGGAAUUCGCU